GAAGUUAACAGCAGACAGGUUGGGACCUCCAGGUGACAAAGGCAGUAUUGGGAUUCCUGGGAGAAUGGGCUUAAAAGGACAAGCAGGGCAGAAGGGAGCACCAGGUGAGCCAGGUCUGUCCAUCAUCGGACCAAGAGGACCUCCUGGACAACCUGGAACAAGAGGAUUUCCAGGCUUUCCAGGUCCAAUCGGGUUGGAUGGCAAGCCUGGACAGCACGGACCCAAAGGAGACCUGGGGCAGCGUGGUCUGAAAGGAGUCUCGGGGGAACCUGGACCCAAAGGAGAGAAGGGUGUUUGUGGAGACUACACGCACCGGAAGCGGCGUAUUGUACAGCCCUGUGUUGGACAGUUGGCCACACAGGGCGAGCCUGGAGCGCAGGGACCACCAGGGCCCCCCGGACCCCCAGGCCUGACCGGAGCCAGUGGCCCCCCGGGAGGACCAGGUUUCCCUGGCACUUCUGGUUUAAAGGGUGAAAAGGGAGACCCGAGCCUCACAGCACAGGGGGUGAAAGGAGAACCAGGCUCCCCAGGACUGCCAGGCCUCACGGGACAAAAGGGGGACAAAGGGAACCUGGGAGAGAAGGGGGAGGCAGGCUCUGAAGGCGCAGCAGGACCUAGAGGUCCUCCAGGCCCGACCGGUGAACCAGGGAAGGCUGAAAUCCAGAACAAUGAAAAUGAUAUCCGCAACAUACCUAUGAUGGGCCCCCCUGGAUUACCUGGACCUCCAGGGCCCUCUGGUAUCGCUGGGACUAAGGGUGAAGUUGGACUACCAGGUGCCCCAGGACUGGAUGGAGAGAAGGGACCCAGAGGAAAGCCCGGAGAGCAAGGUCCCUCAGGCCCAGCUGGUCCUGAAGGUCCAAGAGGAGAAGGCGGUGUCAUGGGCUUCCCUGGACCCAAGGGAGACAAGGGAGACAUGGGUCAAUCUGGAUCACCUGGUUUAGAUGGCCCUACUGGUGAAAAGGGGGCUAACGGGGCCCAUGGCCCCAUUGGAUUACCUGGUGCAAUGGGCUCUAAAGGUGAACCUGGAGAGGGAGCAAGGUCAGAAAUGAUCUAUGGGCCUCCAGGACCUCCAGGACCAGUUGGCCCAGCAGGAUCUCAAGGAGCGUCAGGGCCGAAGGGAGAACCAGGCCUAGGCAUCAGAGGAGAAAAAGGAGCGACAGGUCAGAAGGGAGAGAAGGGCGAUAGAGGCCAUCUUGGACUCCCUGGGGCUCAUGGGUUAGACGGCAGACCGGGUCCUGUGGGUCUAAUAGGACCAGCAGGUGUUUCAGGGCCAGCAGGACCAAAGGGAGAGAGAAGUGAAAAGGGAGACGCAGGACUACCGGGACCAACUGGGCCUCAAGGCAUCCCAGGUUUAGUAGGACCACAAGGAUUCAAAGGGAAUCGGGGAGAGAGGGGCAAGAAAGGCAACAGGGGGGCCAAAGGGGAUAAGGGAGACCAAGGAGCACCUGGAUUAGAUGCCCCCUGUCCGUUGGGAGACGACGGCUUACCCGUACCAGGAUGUUGGAAUAAAUGACGAUAACUCUGGAAUGGCUUGUGUGAUUGUACAUAGGAUAUUUAUUUUUUUACUUCACUUGUUAUAUGUGGAAAAAAAAAUGAAAAGUCUUAAAAAUAUACGGCAAAGUGUUUGUACAGAUUGUUUAUUUUAAUACGUAUGAUAGUGUUUAUGUAUUGGAUUUUUAUAUCUAUGCAUUAUUUUAAUAUGAGCGGAUAAGUAAAAGUUAUAAUGUGGCUACAUAUGCAUGAUAUUUGUGCAUAAUGUGAAGUGGAUAAUGCUUAUUAACUUAUUGUAUUAUGUUGAUGUGUUCUCUUGUAAUAGACCAUGCUGCACUGAGUUGUGGGGCUGGAAAGAUUUUGUGUUAACAUUUGGGAUGUCUUAGUUGAACUCUUCUCUUUGAGAUACAGUGUUGAAAAAAAAAAACCCUGUCCAAUCAAAUCAUACCAAAUACACAGAACGCUACAUGAAGCCUCCACUGUGAUUUAGUGUCAAUCAGUUUCUGUUUAGCUUUAAUCCAGUAAAGCCUGAACCAUCAAAUAAUUUCCAGAAGUUAUAAUUAUUUGGCAAUGGAAUGUUUAUUGGACCACCUGACAAAUAAAAAAAAAGAAAAAUAACAUGUGAGUUUUAAUUUGUAUCAUAUUUGAUA